GAUGGAGAGAAGACUUGUGUAAGUUGAACUCUGAUAAUUACAAAAGUACAAAAUGACUGAAAUGAUGACGAAGAGGCCGUUAAGCAGCGACAUCCUUAUUUAUUUAUAAGCCUGAGUCUGUUUUUGAGGCCGAAUUUAAGCCUGGAAAAUAAUUAAUUCGGAGCACGUGUUCAGAUACACCUCUAAGGGCCAAAAAUGGUGAGAAGUGUACUUUUUUCGCGAUUUACCGACAAAUUUUUUGCUGGUUUCAAAAACAGGAGUUGCUUAGCAGAGUUCAGACAAUUUACAAGUACUACCUUUCCUGAGCUGGCAGAGUUUGGAAAUAUCUCCAGCCAUGAAGAUCUUCAUAAAUUUAGUAUACAACGUCCAGACAAAUUCUGGAGUGUUCUUGCAAGGUCUAGGCUAAAAUGGGAAACAGAUUUCCACACUCCGAUGGACUGCGAUUUUAGAACAGGAAAAUUCAAUUGGUUUCUUGGCGGGAAAUUAAACAUUUCAGUAAACUGUGUGGAUAGAUGGGCUGAGGUUGACCCUGAGAGGAUAGCUCUGGUUUGGGAGAAGGAUGAACAGGGUGAGGUGGAGAAUGUUUCCUAUUCUCAGCUCCAGGAUAUGGUGGGACGGAUUGCAAACACGCUCAAACAGGCUGGUGUUGGAGUUGGGGAUGUAGUUGCUCUUUAUAUGCCAAUAUCUCCUGUAGCAGUAGCUAGUAUGCUAGCUACUGCUAGAAUAGGUGCUGUACAUACGGUAGUUUUUGCAGGUUUCUCAGCAGAAGCUUUAGCAGCCAGGGUUGAAGAUUCAGGGGCCAAGGUUCUAAUUACAGCUGACGAAUCAGUUAGAGGAGGACGGAGAACUCCCCUGAAAAGAACUGUUGAUACUGCUCUGGAGAAAUGUGAGACUGUAAAGACUGUUUUAGUAAUGAGAAGAACAGGAGCAGAGAUUAAAAUGAAACCAAACAGGGAUGAAUGGUUGGAUGAAUGUAUGCUCCGUAGCUCUCCUAUCUGUGCUCCUAAAUCUAUGAACUCAGAAGAUCCUCUUUUCCUUCUGUACACUAGUGGGAGCACUGGAAAACCUAAGGGUGUCUCCCAUAGUUCUGCUGGGUAUCUACUGUACGCUAUGGUUACCAUGAAACAUGCAUUUGAUUAUAAACAGGGUGAAUUGUUUGGUUGUGUAGCUGAUAUAGGCUGGAUAACUGGCCAUAGUUAUGUUGUCUAUGGACCCUUAGCCAACGGAGGAACCUCUCUACUUUUUGAAUCUACUCCUGUUUAUCCGGAUCCAGGAAGAUAUUGGGAGAUGGUGGAAAGAUUAAAAAUAAAUCAUUUCUACGGUGCUCCAACUGCUCUUAGAUUACUCAUUGGGUAUGGAGACGAGUAUGUUACAAAGUAUGACAGAUCUUCAAUUCGGAAACUAGGAUCAGUCGGAGAACCCUUAAAUCAGGAAGCAUGGCAUUGGUUUCAUUCAGUUGUUGGUGAGAAACGUUGUGAUAUUGUGGACACUUGGUGGCAGACUGAAACAGGAGGUGUGGCUAUAUCUCCCCGCCCAUCUGCUCCCAACGCCCCAUUGUCUCCGGGUAAGCCCCAGAGACCAAUGUUUGGAAUGAACCCUGUGCUCCUGGAUGAAAAGGGAGAGGAGGUUCAGGGUUUAGGUGUAUCCGGGUCCCUCUGUCUAGCUACUCCCUGGCCAGGGAUUGCCAGAACUCUACACGGAGAUCAUCAGAGGUUUGUUCAAACAUACUUCUCCGCCUACCCUGGAUACUACUUCACUGGAGACGGAGCUUUCAG